CCAGCUUGUUCAUGAAAACGAAGCAGCACUCUCUUUCUCUCUCCCCCUCCUUCGGAUUCCUCCUCUGUAAAUAAAUCUCCACGUUCGUCGAAAGAGUCGACUGGCUUAGGUUGUGUUUUUGUUGAGGGCUUCUCUCUCUUCGACUUUGUUUGGUCUCUUGUCUUUGCUUUUGCUGCGUAAGCCUUAUUUUUCUUCCCAAAAUAUGUUCUUUUGUUGAUGGGUUCAUGUAGAGAAGAAGGUCAAGGGGAGAAGAAACAAGAACAGAGGAAGUGGAAGUGUGUUUGGUCAUGAUACCCACUUCAGAUCUUUGUUGUAAUAUUUAAAUUCAAUGGCUAAGAAGUGAAUUCAUUGGGGAUACACCAAAAAAAAAAAAACAGAGCUUUCAGACCAUAGAAAUUAACUGAUCAUCUGAGUCGUGAAAGAAGUAAUUUUGGUGUUUGGGGAUGAAGAGAUUACGCAGCUCAGAUUCUGUGGGCGGUCUGAUCUCCAUCUGCCCCUCUACUUCAGCAGAUGAGCAGAGCCCGAGAGGGUACGGGGGAGAGUACCAGGCAAUGAUCGAGGGUUACGAGGAAGAGGCGACCAUAGUGGAGGAAUAUUCCGGCAACGGCCACGUGGGUCUGUCGGAGAAGAAGAGGAGACUGAGCGUUGACCAGGUUAAAGCACUUGAGAAGAACUUCGAGCUGGAGAACAAGCUCGAACCGGAGAGGAAAGUGAAGCUGGCGCAAGAGCUGGGGCUUCAGCCGCGGCAAGUGGCGGUCUGGUUCCAGAACCGACGCGCUCGGUGGAAGACGAAGCAGCUCGAGAGGGACUACGGCGUUCUCAAAGGACAAUACGACGACCUCCGCCUCAGCUUUGACUCCCUCCGCCGCGACAACGACUCUCUUCUCCAAGAGAUUGCUAAACUGAAGGCUAAACUCAAUGGAGAAGAAGACAACAACGCGACGGAGAGUGAUAUCUCCGUUAAGGAGGAAGAGAUUUCGCUCCCGGAGAUGAAUCGCAAAACCCUAGAGCAGACGGAACCAUCGUCUCCUUCUCCGCUUCUAGAAAAUUCCGGCGAUCUCAACUACCGGAGCUUCACCGACCUCCGAGAUCUCCUCCCACACGCGGCGGCGUCAUCCUCCGCUGCCGCUGUGGCCAUCGCCGACGCCGGAUCGUCGGACAGCAGCGACUCGAGCGCCAUCGUGAAUGAGGAGAGCAGCUCUUCCGCAGUAGUAGCUCCGGCGGCAGUUUCCGGUGGUAAUUUCUUCCAGUUCGUAAAGACGGAGCAGAGAGGCUUCUUCUCCGAGGAAGAGCCGCCGUCACUCCACUGGUACUCCGCCGCAGAUCACUGGACCUGAAAAAAAAUCACCGAUGAGACUUUGAAAGCAAAGAUUCCAUGGCUAAUUCUCCGAUUUCUCUGAAAAUGGGAGGUUUCGAGGGGGAAGGCGGAGAGGAGGGUAGAAUGGGAAUAACAGAGAAUAAGGGAGGAAAAGAUCUGCGCGGGAAUAAUUAAUUAGGGUAAAAUUGUAAUUAUGCUUGGUCUCUUCGUUUACUGCCCUUGUAAUCAAGGACGAGGAUUAAGGAACAAAAUUAAAUCCACGAGGCAGUAAAAUUGCAGUAAAUGAUUUAAUCGGAGUA